AUGGGCUUUUACACUCUUGGGCCAUCCUUUUGUCUAGGCACCGGCUUUGAAGGCGAGCCAUCGCGGGUGUAUACAAGCUGCUGGAAUACACUUAAGCAUUUGAUACUCAAAUGUCAGCUUUACGGCAUUGGAGUCUUGAUUGACCUUAAAAAUAUCCCGGGUGGUCAGCUCUGUUCUCAGGACGAGAGCAGCAAAACUGUCAAUGUUUGCACCAGCAUUCACAAUCGGAUAUUGGUCAGGGACUGUCUCGCUUUCAUCGCCCAGGAGAUCACAUUCCAUGCCCUAUGUGGAGUUAUCGGUGUGCAGAUUUCCAGUGAUUCAGACUGGAGGACCUGGGGCCAUGAGUGGUAUGACGAAGUUCUAGAGAUCACGAGUUCAAUCAAUCCAUCCUUGCCCAUUUAUAUCAACGAUGGCCAGAACCUGCCCGCUGCCCUUGAUUAUGCGAUAUUGCGAAAUAGACUUCCAGCCCCGGUGAAUCGAAGCCCCAUUGUCGUGGAGUCGCAUAGGCACUAUACUACAGAGUUGGACCAACCUCAAGAGCCCCAAGCCAUCCUCGAGAACGUCACCAGGGAACUGGUAGAACUGGCAGCCCAUCAUGGAAAGGUUGUAUCCCAAGGAACCGCCGUAGACGUCUACAUUGGAGAGUACAGCUGCCACAUGAAAGACCGAGCUUUGGAGCACAUGAACACAUUAGAUCGAGAUGAAUUAACGAAGAGCUUUGGUCAGGAGCAAACCAAACAAUGGACCUUCAAAGCCAGUGGAUCUGCUUUCUACCGCUUCAAAUCGAGCGGAGCCUGCGGUGUGGAGCGUGAUUUCGAACAACAAGUCAAAAUCGGCUCGAUCCCUGCACCAGCUUGGCUUACGGUACCUCGUGAUCAAAUCCAUGCCAAAGUCGAACAGGCAAAGCCCCAACGGCCUCAUUUGCAAAACAAAUUCCUCUCACAGACUUCGGGAUCCAUGAGCCCUCAUGGCCGUCGCCGCUUCUCCCUCGGCUGGGACCUUGGUUUCAAUGAUGCGCUGUGCUUUUUCGCCGCGAUAUCUCGAGAUGCGAUACCUGGCCAUAGGGACGGAGGAGAUAGGAUUGGUGCUCUGGACCUAUGGGUUCGGAAGCGUGUAAUCGAAGCAACUUGCUUAGGCGAGGACCUCGACGUUGAAUGGGAGAACGGUUUCCGAACCGGGGUUGACGACUUUUACAACGCAGUCGGCAUUUUAUUUCCAUGA